GGGGGGGGAGGCGGGGUUGUGUUACCCUAUCUUUUACCUACUGAACAAUGACGCACGUUGCUCCUCGGACAAUGAUACACCUAGCCUUUCCACGUGAAAUGAGAUAAAUUUAAGAUGUCAAUUAAAUAAAAAGAGCGCGUGAACUUCUUUUUGAAAGAACCCCGCGGUGAGCCAGUCCAGUCACGUCUCCCACGACUCGUGAAUCUCGCGUGCCUUGCCGCGUGCGCGCCCAUGCCCGUUUCAAGUUAUUUCAUUUACAAUAUAUCAUAAGAAGACGCUAAGUCUUGUCAGCUCAAUCACAAACGGAUUAUUUUUGUACCACUUAUAAUCCAUGUCCAAGCUCCCCAAGUCCGCGUUCAGAAGCUGUCUAAUACAGGUAGAAAUUACUUGAAAUUGUUCAUAAUCGCCUGUCAGAAAAUAUUGCAAAGAUGGACCUUUCUUGAUAAGCCAGAUCAUUAAUAGAGGGGAAUGGUUAUGGUUAUGUCCGGUAAACAUCAAAGGAACAAACAAAGAUGCCAAGAAUUAUGAUGAAAGGUCCACCACCGUGCAGUCUUUUGUUUUGAAUGCAUGAAUUACGUAUACGUAAUCAAAACGUUUCUAUUGAUUUGUUCCUCAGAGUAGUCCUCAGUCAGAAGUAAACACGUAUUGUGUUUUGUGCACGGCCAGAGGCAAAAACAGCGAACAAAAACAAACAGCAAAGAACUUUGUCGGGUCUUACAACCAUUUCCCUCUUUUAGCUAUGGCCAGAUUACAUUGCUUCAAUUAAGCGUUAGAGCAUGUUUCGUAAUUAAGUCUAGUCUGUAUAGUCUGAGGCGGUCACAUGGUUGAUUAUUACCGACGCAAUAUGUCUCGCACCCACCGUGAGCUAUUUGCUAGACACAGAAGAAUGGUAGAAUUAGAGGAGAUUUGAUUAUUGCACUUUGAUCUGGAGUUUCGAAUUCGUUCUUGGUCGAAAUCCACCUGCCCAUCAGGCCUCGUUUUAUGAAGACCUCCCACACACUCUCUCGAAUCUGUCUAUCUUAGGUCCGUGAAACACCAUUGUGGCAAAGCUUUAUGUCAAGAUACCGUCACAGUGUUUAUUUACCAAAACUAAUAACUGCUGGUUAAUGCUUAAUGCAUAGCCUUGUUUGAACACAUAAACAUCCACUACCCACGUACGCCACAGCGAAGGAGAAAACAGAAACAGUAUAUUCACGCUGUAGGAACUCGAGCCACAAAUUCCAACACCGGACAGGCAUCGUUUUAUUUAUAAUUGCGGAGAAGAGACUUUAACCAUGGCUGUUCGUUUUCGUUUACCCGCCUUGGUGAGAGAAGCUUUGGCUGAGUUCGCUUCCACCUUCAUUUUACUGAUGUUUGGAAUAGGAUCAGUGGCCCAGAUGGUUCUUAGUAGAUGGAAGUUUGGAAAUUUCUUCUCAGUCAACUUCGGUUGGGGAAUUGGAGUCACACUCGGCUGUUACUGGGCUGGCGGUGUUUCAGGCGCUCACAUGAACCCCGCGGUGACAUUAGCUUUCGCUGUUGUCAGGAGGAUUCCCUGGAGAAAAGUUCCCGUAUAUUGGACGGCCCAGAUGCUGGGAGCCUUCGUGGCUUCGGCUUGUAUUUAUGCAGUAUACUACGAUGCACUGAAUGAGUUUGAUGGAGGCGUCCGACAGAUAUCGGGCGCAAAUGGCACAGCGGGGAUCUGGGCAACAUAUCCUCAAUCCUACUUAUCAACCUGGAAUGGCCUUGUAGACCAGGUGGUUAGCACAGCUCUGCUGGUGGGCUGCGUGUUCGCCAUCAUUGAUAAGAACAACAAUUCUCCCGACCAGGGGGUGGUACCAGUGAUAAUUGGCCUUGUAGUGUUUAUCAUUGGCGCCACUUUCGGAUAUAAUUGUGGUUACGCCAUAAACCCCGCCAGGGAUCUGGGACCCAGAUUGUUUACUGCCGUUGCUGGUUGGGGCUUUGAAGUGUUCACUGAGGCAAACAACUGGUCCUGGGUACCAGUAGUGGGCUGUUUGUUGGGCGGAGUGCUGGGAGCUUUCUUGUACAUUGCCCUAAUUGAGAUGCAUCACACACCCGACAACGAUGGAGAGACUGCGUACGAACUCCAAAGUAUUGUUACUAGUAAGCCCGAAGUUUGUAGGAUGCAAGGAAAUGGACUGGGGAUGGGUAACAUGGCUUUUACGGAGGACGGAAUGGGCCCCAAUAACAACCAGGGAUUGGGCACGAACGUGACCGAGAAGACUUCCCAAUUGUAAUCAGUGGGGUCUUCAAAGUGGCUGUUUUACAAGGAAAACAACUUAUUAGACUGUGCUUCUUUUUUUGCUAACAAAAACAACGCUACAAUAGAUAGUCAAAGUGAUUACAAAAUGCCAGCACGCAGAUAUAUAAUUGAUCUAAUUUUGUGUUAAAGUCUCAAUUUUGUUCUGCGUCGGAGGUAGUUUAUACAAGUGUAUAAAUUUUGCAAAAAAAAAAAAAAAAAAAACGUUCAGUAGCCAUUUGUAUAAAGUAGAAUUCCGAUAAUAAAACUGAUUGUACUGUUUAUGGUUUGUACUUAUUAUUAAAUAUGCAAUCGCA